GUGCAGCCUGGAGGAGGGACCGAUCCGAUCCUCUAGGCAGGCAGGGAGGGAGGGCAGAGCCACCAGCAGCCAGCGCAGAGCAGUGCGUGUGUGCGCCAGCCAGGAGCACCGGCCCACACCGGGCUGGAAUUGUUGUACUCUGUCACCAGGGCAUCCUGGCUCCUGCAGCCCUGCAGACAGCGCCGGAGCCCCGGUGACAGGGCCAGGGUAGCAGCGCGUAGACCCGGAGCCGCACGCAGCUGGGAGGAGGCGUUCGCUCGCGCGUCACCUCGCUGCUUGGAACCUGAAUAAGGCCGGAUCAAGGUUCUCAGGUCUACCGAAGAACGCUCUCUUAGAACCGAAGGAGAACGUGUGGCCCACCGUGUUAGAACGCUGCCUCCUCACGGAUCACCAUGAGUACUUGGGGUUUCGCUGAGACUCGAAGGCUGUAGACAACACUGAAUAUGUCAUCGGAAGCAGCGUAGUAUCACCCUGCACGGGGGGACAUCAUUGGUGUCUGCUUCAUGCUACAAGAAGAACCAUGGCAACCGCCAGGGCAUCGUCCAGAUCCCAUCGGGAUAUCACCAACGUGAUGCAGAGGUUACAAGAUGAACAAGAGAUUGUACAGAAGCGCACCUUCACAAAAUGGAUCAAUUCCCACCUGGCCAAGCGGAAGCCCCCCAUGGUGGUAGACGACCUUUUUGAAGACAUGAAAGAUGGUGUCAAGCUGCUUGCCCUGUUGGAGGUCCUGUCUGGGCAGAAACUGCCCUGUGAACAAGGACGCCGAGUAAAGCGCAUCCAUGCUGUGGCUAACAUCGGCACAGCCCUCAAGUUCCUUGAAGGAAGGAAGUCCAUGUACAGAGGAUCGCCGAUUAAAUUAGUCAACAUUAAUGCUACUGAUAUCGCUGAUGGCAGACCGUCAAUUGUUCUCGGGCUGAUGUGGACCAUUAUCCUGUAUUUCCAGAUCGAAGAGCUGACCAGCAACCUCCCACAGCUACAGUCUCUGUCCAGCAGUGCUUCCUCUGUGGACAGCAUGGUCAGCACUGAGACAGCCAGCCCACCCAGCAAACGCAAGGUGACCACCAAGAUCCAAGGCAAUGCCAAGAAGACUCUGUUAAAGUGGGUCCAACACACAGCAGGCAAGCAGAUCGGAAUAGAGGUGAAAGACUUCGGAAAGAGUUGGAGAACUGGGUUGGCCUUUCAUUCAGUCAUCCAUGCCAUCCGGCCUGAGCUGGUGGACCUGGAGAAGGUGAAAGGUAGAUCUAACCGAGAAAACCUGGAGGACGCCUUCACUAUUGCCGAAACACAACUGGGCAUCCCAAGACUACUUGAUCCCGAAGAUGUUGAUGUGGACAAGCCAGAUGAGAAGUCUAUUAUGACCUAUGUAGCCCAGUUUCUGACACAAUAUCCUGAUAUCCAUGGUGCAGGCUGCGAUGGGCAAGACAUUGAGGAAUUAUUUCCAGUUUUCCCAACUUUUGCAAAUUUUAUACAAAAUUCUAAGAGAGAAGACAAGCUAGUUUUGAAGGAAACCAAAGUCUGGAUAGAACAAUUUGAGAGAGAUUUGACGAGAGCACAGAUGACCGAGUCAAGUCUGCAGGACAAAUACCAGUCGUUUAAGCACUUCAGAGUUCAAUAUGAGAUAAAAAGGAAACAGGUGGAACAUUUACUACAACCACUGCAGAGAGACGGCAAAUUAUCGCUUGAGCAAGCUUUGGUGAAACAGUGCUGGGAGAGAGUGUCCUCCAGGCUAUUUGAUUGGCAUAUACAGCUGGAUAAAUCUCUUCCUGCACCUCUGGGCACCAUAGGUGCCUGGCUGUACAGGGCAGAGGUGGCCCUGAGAGAAGAGAUCACCAUUCAGCAGGCCCAUGAGGAAACAGCCAACACAAUACAACGGAAACUUGAACAACAUAAGGAUCUGCUUCAAAAUACAGAUGCCCACAAAAGAGCAUUCCAUGAAAUCUACCAGACCAGGUCUGUCAAUGGGAUCCCAAUGCCUCCUGAUCAGCUAGAGGACAUGGCUGAGAGGUUUCAUUUUGUGUCCUCCACAUCCGAGCUGCACUUAAUGAAAAUGGAGUUUCUGGAACUGAAGUACCGUCUGCUGUCCCUGCUGGUCCUCGCUGAGUCAAAGCUGAAGUCCUGGAUCAUCAAGUAUGGGAGGCGAGAGUCUGUGGAGCUGCUGCUGCAAAACUAUCUUUCUUUUAUAGAAAACAGCAAGUUCUUUGAACAAUACGAAGUGACAUACCAGAUCCUGAAACAGACAGCUGAAAUGUAUGUCAAGGCAGAUGGCUCAGUGGGAGAAGCUGAGAAUGUGAUGAAGUUCAUGAAUGAAACCACUGCUCAGUGGAGAAAUCUCUCUGUGGAAGUGAGGAGCGUGAGAAGCAUGCUGGAGGAGGUGAUCUCCAACUGGGAUCGCUAUGGUGAUACCGUGGCUAGUCUUCAAGCCUGGCUAGAGGAUGCAGAAAAAAUGCUGAGUCAAUCAGAAAAUGCCAAGAAGGAUUUUUUUCGAAAUUUGCCCCACUGGAUUCAGCAGCACACAGCCAUGAACGAUGCUGGCAAUUUCCUGAUCGAGACUUGUGAUGAGAUCGUUUCCCGCGACCUUAAGCAGCAAUUACUCUUGCUAAACGGACGGUGGAGAGAACUGUUCAUGGAAGUCAAGCAAUAUGCAAGAGCUGACGAGAUGGACAGGAUGAAGAAAGAAUACACAGACUACACCACCACCCUCUCUGGCUUUGCAACCGAAGCCCAAAGAAAACUCUCUGAGCCCUUAGAGGUCUCUCUAAUUAAUGUCAAGUUAUUAAUUCAAGACUUGGAGGAUAUUGAGAAGAGGGUGCCAGUAAUGGAUGCUCAGUACAAGAUGAUUACCAAGACAGCACAUCUCAUUGCCAAAGAAAGUCCCCAAGAAGAAGCUAAUGAAAUGCUUACAACCAUGUCCAGACUCAAAGAACAACUAGCCAAGGUCAAAGAAUGUUACUCUCCAUUGUUGUCUGAGUCCCGGCAACUGUCUGUUCCUUUGGAAGAGCUGGAGACACAGAUCACCUCCUUCUACGACUCACUUGGGAAAGUCAACGGGAUGAUAUCUGUUCUUGAGCAUGAAGCCCAGUCUAGCUCUCUUUUUAAACAAAAACACCAGGAACUGUUAGCCUGUCAAGAAAGCUGUAAGAAAACCUUGACACUCAUUGAGAAGGGCAGCCAGAGUGUCCAGAAGCUUGUCACCUUAAGCCCUGUGUUAAAGCAUUGGGACCACACAAAGUUGCAGAGACAGAUAGCAGAUGUCCAUCAUGCCUUCCAGAAUAUGAUCAAGAAAACUGGAGAAUGGAAGAAGCAUGUGGAAGCCAACAGUCGUUUGAUGAAGAAAUUUGAGGAGUCUCGGGCAGAAUUGGAGAAGGUGCUACGGGUCGCUCAGGAAGGCUUAGAAGAAAAGGGGGAUCCUGAGGAACUCCUUCGGAAACACACAGAAUUCUUCAGCCAGCUGGACCAAAGGGUGCUCAACGCUUUCUUGAAAGCCUGUGAUGAGCUCACUGACAUCCUCCCAGAACAGGAGCAGCAGGGGCUCCAGGAGGCUGUGAGGAAAUUGCACAAGCAGUGGAAGGAUCUCCAGGGAGAGGCACCUUAUCAUUUGCUCCAUCUAAAAAUCGAUGUGGAGAAGAAUAGAUUCUCAGCUGCCGUGGAAGAGUGCAGAGCUGAGCUGGAGCGAGAGACCAAGCUGGUGCCCCACGAAGGCAGUGAGAAAGUCAUCAAGGAACACAGGGUUUUCUUCAGUGACAAGGGUCCUCAUCAUCUCUGUGAGAAGAGGCUGCAGCUCAUAGAGGAACUGUGUGUGAAGCUCCCAGUCCGGGACCCGGUCAGGGACACAUCCGGAGCCUGUCACACAGCUCUCAGAGACCUCAAAGCUUCCAUUGACAACACUUACAGGAUGCUCGUGGAUGACCCAGACAAGUGGAAGGACUAUACUAGCAGGUUUUCUGAGUUCUCUUCUUGGAUGUCUGCAAAGGAGUCACAGUUGAAGAAAAUCAAGGAUGAAGCCAUCGAUACGGCCAACCAUGAUGAGGUUAAGCGUGUGGUGGAUGAGAUCAGAAAUGAUAUUACCAAAAAAGGAGAGACUCUCAGCUGGCUGAAAUCCAGGCUUAAACAUUUGAUGGACGUUUCUUCUGAGAAUGAAGCCCAAAGGCGAGGAGAUGAGCUGGCAGAACUGUCAAGCUCUUUCAAGGCUCUUGUGGCUUUACAAUCAGAGGUUGAAAAAAUGCUAAGCAACUUUGGAGAAUGCGUUCAAUACAAAGAAAUAGUGAAAAGUUCCCUUGAGGAGCUGAUGUCUGGCUCCCAAGAGAGCCAGGAGCAGGCUGAGAAGAUCCUAGACACGGAAAAUCUGUUUGAGGCACAGCAGCUGCUCCUUCACCACCAGCAAAAGACGAAGAUGAUCUCAGCGAAGAAGAGAGACCUCCAGGAGCAGAUAGAGCAAGCGCAGCAGGGUGGGCAGGCAGGCCCAGGCCAGGAGGAGCUACGGAAGCUGGCGAACACCCUUACAGGCCUGGAGCAGAGCAGGGAGAGGCAGGAACGCCGCAUCCAGGUCAGCUUGAGGAAAUGGGAGCGGUUUGAGACCAACAAGGAGACGGUGGUCAGAUACCUCUUCCAAACGGGUUCCAGCCACGAACGCUUCCUGAGCUUCAGCAGUUUGGAAAGCUUGUCGUCAGAGCUGGAGCAGACCAAGGAGUUUUCUAAGCGGACAGAAGGCAUUUCCACCCAGGCUGAGAAUCUCGUCAAGGAAGCCUCAGAGAUGCCACUGGGGCCCAGGAACAAACACCUGCUCCAGCAGCAGGCCAAGUCAAUCAAGGAGCAGGUCAAAAAGCUGGAAGACACACUUGAAGAAGAUAUUAAAACCAUGGAAAUGGUGAAAAUCAAGUGGGAUCAUUUUGGCAGUAAUUUUGAGACCCUGUCCAUCUGGAUAACUGAGAAAGAAAACGAACUCAAUGCCUUGGAAACUUCAGCAUCUGCCAUGGACGUGCAGAUCAGCCAAAUUAAGGUCACAAUUCAAGAAAUAGAAAGCAAAAUCGACGGCAUUGUAGGGUUAGAGGAAGAAGCCCAGUCCUUUGCUCAGUUCGUCACCACCGGAGAGUCUGCUCGCAUCAAAGCCAAGUUGACGCAAAUAAGGCGGUACUGGGAGGAACUCCGAGAGCAUGCACGGGGCCUGGAGGGGACGAUCCUGGGGCAUUUGUCACAGCAGCAAAAGUUUGAAGAGAAUCUGAUAAAGAUCCGGCAAUCUGUGUCUGAAUUUGCAGAGAGGCUGGCUGAUCCUGUUAAAAUAUGUUCCUCAGUUGCAGAGACAUACAAAGUUCUCCAGGAGCAUAUGGAUCUCUGUCAAGCCCUGGAGUCGCUGAGCAGCACUGUCAGCACUUUGUCAGCCAGCGCCCAGAAAAUGGUGAACAGGGAGUCCUGUACCCAGGAGGCUGCGGCUCUACAGCAGCAGUACGAAGGGACACUACACAAGGCCAAAGAGAGACAGAAGGCGCUGGAGGUCCUGCUGGCCCACUGGCAGAGGCUGGAGAAGGGUCUGUCCCCGUUUCUGACCUGGCUGGAGCGAUGUGAGGCCAUAGCCAGUUCACCAGAGAAGGACAUUUCUGCAGACAGAGUCAAAGUGGAGAGUGAACUACAGUUAAUACAGGCUCUGCAAAAGGAAGUGGUGUCCCAGGCCUCAUGCUACAGCCAUCUCCUGCAGCUGAAGGAAAUCCUGUUCACAGCGGCCUCCAGAGAUGACGUGGCCAUGAUGAAGCUGCAGCUGGAACAACUGGAUGAGCGCUGGAGAGACUUACCACAGAUAAUCAACAAAAGGAUGCACUUCCUCCAGUCUGUGCUGGCUGAGCACGAGCAGUUUGAUGAGCUGCUGUUUUCCUUCUCCGUCUGGAUUAAGCAGUUUCUCAGUGAAUUACAAACGACUUCUGAGAUAAGCUUAAGGGACCAUCAAGUGGCUCUUACUCGGCACAAGGACCACGCUGCAGAAAUAGAGAAGAAGAGGGCAGAAGCACAGAGUCUGCAAAGUCACUUAGCGAAGUUGCGGUCUCUGGGCCGAGCCGAGGACCUUCACCCGCUCCAGAUCAAGGCUGAUGACUGCUUCCAGCUCUUUGAGGAGGCCAGCCAGGUAGUGGAGAGGCGGAAGCUGGCUCUGACGCAGCUAGCAGAAUUCCUCCAGAGCCAUGCGUCUGCGUCCACUCUUCUCCACCAGCUCAGGCAAACAGUGGAAGCCACCAAAAGCAUGAGUAGGAAGCAGUCAGACUCCCUGAAAAAAGACCUUCAUGACGCUAUUCAGGAUGUGAAAGCGUUAGAACCCAGCGCCAUCAGUCUUGACGGCAUCCUGACCAAAGCCCAGUACCACCUGAAAAGCGCGGAACAAAGGACCUCCUGCAGAGCCACCACUGACCAGCUUUCUCUAGAAGUGGAGAGGAUCCAGAACCUUCUGGGAACCAAGCAGAGUGAGGCAGAUGCCCUGGCCAUGUUGAAGAAAGCUUUCCAGGAACAGAAGGAAGAGCUGCUGAGAAGCAUUGAAGACGUGGAAGAAAGGGCUGACCAGGAGCGCUUGAAGGAACCCACCCGCCAGGCUCUGCAGCACAGGUUGCGAGUAUUCAACCAGCUAGAGGAUGAACUAAACUCCCAUGAGCAUGAGCUCUCUUGGCUGAAAGACAAAGCGAAACAAAUUGCUCAGAAGGACAUGGCUUUUGCACCUGAGGUGGAUAGGGAGAUAAACCGCUUAGAAGCUACCUGGGAAGACACUAAAAGACUAAUUCAUGAGAACCAGGGUCAGUGCUGUGGACUUAUUGACUUAAUAAGGGAAUAUCAGAAUCUGAAGUCAGCUGUGUGUAAAGUUCUGGAAAAUGCUGGCAACGUUAUUGCCACGAGAGCUGCCGUGAAGGACCAGGAGGACCUCAAGUGGGCUUUUUCCAAGCAUGAAACCGCCAGGAACGAAAUGAAUUCUAAACAGAAAGAGUUGGAUAGUUUUACCAGCAAAGGCAAACAGUUGCUGUCUGAGCUGAAAAGAAUCCACAGCGGAGAUUUCAGCUUGGUCAAGACUGACAUGGAGAGCACCCUGGACAAGUGGCUGGAUGUAUCAGAGAGAAUUGAAGAAAACAUGGACAGGUUAAGAGUGAGCAUGUCCAUCUGGGAUGAUGUCCUUUCAAGUAAAGAUGAGAUUGAAGGAUGGUUCAACAGCUCUCUUCCACAGCUGGCUGAAAACAUCAGCGACCUGAACAGCAGCCUCAAAACUGAAGAAUUCCUGAAGGAAUUUGAGUCUGAAGUUAAAAACAAAGCCUUGAAACUGGAAGAACUGCGUUCCAAAAUCAGUGAUCUUAAAGAACUGACGAAGAACCCAGAAACACCCACGGACCUUCAGUUUAUAGAAGCCGACCUACGGCAGAAGCUGGAGCACGCCAAAGAAAUCACCGAGGAAGCGAAGGGGACCCUGAAGGAUUUCACUGCUCAAAGUACCCAAGUGGAGAGAUUCGUCAAGGACAUAACAACGUGGCUGACCAAUGUGGAAGAAUCGUUGACCAGAUGUGCCCAAACGGCGACGUGCGAAGGGCUGAAAAAAGUCAAGGACAUACAAAAAGAACUUCAGAGUCAACAAAACAACAUCAGCUCCACCCAAGAAAAUCUCAACAGCCUGUGCCGGAAGUACCACUCAGUGGAGUUGGAGAGCCUGGGCCGGGCAAUGACUGGGCUAAUAAAGAAACAUGAAGCCACGAGCCAGCUGUGCUCCCAAACUCAGGCCAGCAUGCAAGAGUCUCUGGAAAAACACUUCAGUGAUUCCAUGCAAGAAUUCCAAGAAUGGUUUUUGGGAGCAAAAGCAGCAGCCAGAGACUCUUCUGACCUAACUGGUGACAGCCAAGUUCUAGAAGCCAGACUUCAGGAUCUGCAGGGUGUCCUUGAUUCAGUCAGUGAAGGGCAGAGCAAGUUGGAUGCAGUGACUCAGGAAGGACAAACUCUGUACGCACAUCUGCCCAAGCAAAUGGUGAGCAGCAUCCAGGAGCAAAUCACAAAAGCCAACGAGGAGUUCCAGACUUUUCUGAAACAGUGCCUUAAGGACAAACAGGCUCUCCAGGACUGCGCUUCGGAGCUGGGGAGCUUUGAGGACCAGCACAGAAAACUGAGUUUGUGGAUCCAUGAGAUGGAGGAAAGGUUAAACACAGAAAACUUGGGGGAGAGUAAACAGCACAUGCCCGAGAAGAAAAACGAAGUCCAUAAAGUUGAGAUGUUUCUGGUCGAACUCCUGGCUGCCAGAGAGACCCUUGACAAGCUCUCCCAGAGAGGCCAGCUUCUCAGCAAAGAAAGCCACAGCGCAGGGAAGGGAGGCCGCCGGAGCACCCAGCUCCUUACCAGUUACCAGAAGCUCCUCGGAGUAACCAAGGAGAGGCUGCGCCGCUGUCAGCUGGCCCUGCAGGAACACGAGGCUCUGGAGGAAGCCGCACAGAGCAUGUGGUCCCGGGUAAAGGAUGUGCAAGACAGGUUGGCUUGUGCAGAGAGCACUGUCGGGAACAAGGAGACAUUGGAGGGACGACUGUCACAGAUUCAGGACAUUCUUCUCAUGAAAGGUGAAGGAGAAGUGAAGUUGAACAUGGCCAUUGGCAAAGGGGACCAGGCUAUAAGAAGCAGCAACAAGGAGGGUCAGCAGGCAAUUCAGGCUCAGCUGGAGACACUUAAAACGACAUGGGCUGACGUCAUGAGUGCUGCCAUCCAUGCGCAAAGCACCCUGGAGUCUGUGAUCGACCAAUGGAAUGACUAUCUAGAGAAGAAAAGCCAGUUGGAGCAGUGGAUGGAAUCGGUGGAUCAGAAAGUGGAGCAUCCCCUCCAGCUGCAGCCGGGGCUGAAGGAGAAGUUUGCCCUGCUGGACCACUUCCAGUCCAUCGUCUCCGAGGCAGAGGAUCAUGUGGGUGCAUUGCAGCAACUAGCAGCAAGGUCCAGGGAGCUGUACAAGAAGACUCAGGAUGAGUCCCUGGAGGAAGCCGGCCAGGAGGAACUGAGAACACAGUUUCAGGACAUAAUGACCGUGGCCAAGGAGAAAAUGAGGAAGGUAGAGGACAUUGUCAAAGACCACCUCAUGUACUUAGACGCAGUCCAGGAAUUCACAGAUUGGCUCCACUCAGCAAAAGAAGAGCUUCAUCGGUGGUCGGACACAUCUGGAGAUUCAUCAGUUACUCAGAAAAAGCUAUUGAAAAUUAAGGAGCUGAUAGAUUCCAGAGAGAUCGGUGCAGGCCGCCUCAGCAGAGUGGAGCUGCUGGCCCCGGCAGUGAAACAGAACACAGCUGCCAGUGGGUGUGAGCUUCUGAACUCAGAGAUGCAGGCCCUGCGCGCCGACUGGAGGCAGUGGGAAGACAGCCUCUUCCAAGCACAGAGCAGCCUGGAGAACCUGGUCAGCGAAAUGGCCCUCUCAGAGCAGGAAUUCUCUGGCCAGGUGGCCCAGCUUGAGCAGGCCCUGGAGCAGUUCAACGCCCUUCUGAAAACCUGGGCCCAGCAGCUCACCCUCCUGGAAGGCAAGAACACGGAUGAGGAGAUAGUGGAAUGUUGGCACAAAGGACAUGAGAUCCUGGAUGCUCUACAAAAGGCAGAGCCUAUGACAGAGGAUCUCAAGUCUCAGUUGAAUGAACUUUGCCGGUUUUCCAGGGACCUGAGUCCAUACAGUGGGAAAGUCUCCAGCUUAAUUAAGGAAUACAACUGUCUCUGUUUGCAAGCAUCCAAGGGCUGCCAGAACAAAGAACAGAUUUUGCAAGAAAGAUUUCAGAAGGCCUUCAGGGGCUUCCAGCAGUGGUUGGUUAACGCAAAAAUCACCACGGCCAAGUGUUUCGAUCUACCUCAGAAUCUUAGUGAAGUCUCUGCAAGUCUUCAGAAAAUCCAGGAGUUUCUGUCAGAGAGUGAACAUGGGCAGCAUAAGCUAAACACAAUGCUGUCCAAAGGGGAGCUCCUGAGCUCGCUGCUGACCAAAGAGAAAGCAGAAGGCAUCCAGGCCAAAGUUAUAACCGCAAAAGAGGAUUGGAAAAAUUUUCAUGCAAAUCUCCACCAGAAGGAAUCCGCCUUAGAGAACCUAAAGAUCCAGAUGAAAGACUUUGAAGUCAGCGCAGAACCCGUGCAAAACUGGCUGAGUAAAACCGAGAGGUUGGUACAGGAGAGCAGCAAUUGCCUCUACGACCUGCCCGCCAAGAGGAGAGAGCAGCAGAAACUCCAGUCUGUCCUUGAGGAGAUUCAGUGCUACGAACCUCAGCUCCACAGGCUGAAGGAGAAAGCUCGGCAGCUGUGGGAAGGACAAGCUGCCAGCAAGAGCUUUGUGCACAGAGUGUCGCAGCUGUCUUCUCAGUAUCUAGCGCUAAGCAAUGUAACCAAGGAGAAAGUGUCCAGGCUGGACAGAAUUGUUGCUGAGCACAGUCAGUUCUCACUGGGCAUUAAAGAGUUGCAGGACUGGAUGACAGACGCCGUUCACAUGCUGGAUUCGUACUGCCUCCCCACAUCCGACAAGAGUGUGCUGGAUGGUAGAAUGCUCAAGCUGGAGGCUCUGUUGUCGGUGAAACAGGAAAAGGAGAUUCAGAUGAAAAUGAUCAUGACCCGGGGGGAGUAUGUUCUGCAGAGCACCUCUCCAGAAGGCAGCCCGGCUGUUCAGCAGCAGCUGCAGGCUGUGAAGGCCAUGUGGGAGUCCCUCUUGUCUGCAGCCAUUCGAUGUAAAAGUCAGCUGGAAGGAGCGCUCUCGAAGUGGACAAGUUAUCAGGAUGACGUGCGGCAGUUCUCCAGUUGGAUGGAUGGCGUGGAAGGCAGCCUGAACGAACUGGAAAGACAGCACCCGGAGCUUCGGGAGAAAGUGACCGCACUGGGAAAAGCCAAGCUAUUAAAUGAAGAAGUGCUGAGUCAUAGCAGCCUCCUGGAGACCAUCGAAGUCAAGAGGGCAGGCAUGACAGAGCAUUACGUCACCCAGUUAGAGCUGCAUGAUCUGCAGGAAAGACACCAAGCCAUCAAAGAGAGGGCCAAGGAAGCAGUAACAAAAUUAGAAAAGCUGGUUCGCCUUCACCAGGAGUAUCAGAGAGACCUAAAGACCUUUGAAAAUUGGCUGGGGCAAGAACAAGAGAGGCUGGACCAAUGCUCAGCUCUUCAGGGUGACACCCGCACUCACGAGACAACACUGCGGGAACUCCAGGAGCUUCAGGUGCACUGUGCAGAGGGUCAGGCCCUGCUGAACUCGGUCCUGCACACCCGGGAUGACGUGAUCCCCUCGGGCAUCCCCCAGGCAGAAGACAGAGUGCUGGAGUCCCUUCGUCAGGACUGGCAGGUUUACCAGCACAGACUGGCUGAGACCCGGACGCAAUUCAACACUGUGGUGAACAAACUGAGGCUGAUGGAGCAAAAGUUCCAGCAAGUGGAUGAGUGGUUCAAAAGAAUGGAGGAGAAAAUCAGCGUCAGGAGCGAAUGCCGGAGUAGCCGAACCACCAAGGAGAUACAGUUGCUUCAGAUGAAGAAGUGGCAUGAAGACCUGUCAGCGCACAGAGAUGAAGUUGAGGAGGUAGGCACGAGAGCCCAGGAGAUCCUGGAGGAGAGCCACGUGAGCAGCAGGAUGGGCAGCCAGGCCACCCAACUGACUUCCCGGUACCAGGCCCUGCUGCUCCAAGUGCUGGAGCAAAUAAAAUUCUUAGAAGAGGAAAUCCAGACUCUGGAGGAAACAGAAUCAUCCCUCAGUUCCUAUUCGGAUUGGUAUGGCUCCACUCUUAAAAACUUCAAGAAUGUGGCUACCAAAAUCGAUAAAGUUGAUGAAGGAAUGAUGGGGAAAAAAUUGAAGACUUUGGAGGUUUUAUUGAAAGACAUGGAGAAGGGCCACAGUUUGCUGAAAUCGGCUCGGGAGAAAGGGGAGCGGGCUGGGAAAUUCCUGGAGGAGAGUGAGGCUGAGGCACUGAGGAAGGAGAUCCACGGCCACAUGGAGCAGCUGAAGGACCUGACUGGCACUGUGAGGAAGGAGCACAUGAGCCUGGAGAAGGGCCUUCACUUAGCCAAAGAGUUCUCAGAUAAAUGCAAAGUGCUCACCCGAUGGAUGGCAGAAUACCGGGAGAUCCUGCACACACCCGAAGAACCCAAAAUGGAGCUGUAUGAAAAAAAGGCUCAGCUUUCCAAAUACAAGUCACUGCAACAAACGGUGCUGUCCCACGAGCCGUCCGUGAACUCGGUGCGAGAGAAGGGUGAGGCACUCCUGGAACUGGUACAGGACCAGACGUUAAAGGACAAGAUCCAGAAGCUUCAAAGUGACUUCCAGGACCUCUGCAGCGUAGGAAAGGAGCGUGUCUCCAGUCUGGAAGCCAAAGUCAAAGACCACGAAGACUACAACAGUGAACUCCAAGAGGUAGAAAAGUGGCUGCUGCAGAUGUCCAGCCGGCUGGUGGCACCUGACCUUUUGGAGGCCAGCAGCCUAGAGACCAUUACCCAGCAGCUUGCCCAUCACAAGGCGAUGAUGGAAGAAAUAGCAGGUUUCGAAGAUCGCCUGGACAACCUUAAAACCAAAGGUGAUACUUUGAUCGGCCAGUGUCCAGACCACCUGCAAGCAAAGCAGAAACAGAGUGUGCAAGCUCACCUGCAGGGCACGAAGGACAGCUACUCGGCCAUCUGCAGCACGGCCCAGAGGGUCUAUCGCAGUCUGGAAUAUGAACUUCAGAAGCAUGUCAGCCGGCAAGACACCCUGCAGCAGGGCCAGGCAUGGAUCUCUGCAGUCCAGCCAGACCUGAAGCCCAGCCCACAGCCACCUCUCAGCAGGGCAGAAGCUGUUAAGCAGGUCAAACACUUCAGAGCUUUGCAGGAGCAGGCAAGGACCUAUUUGGAUCUCCUUUGCUCCAUGUGCGACUUGUCAAACUCCUCAGUGAAAAACACCGCUAAAGACAUUCAGCAAACCGAGCAGCUGAUUGAACAAAGGCUGGUCCAAGCACAGAACCUAACUCAGGGCUGGGAAGAGAUCAAGCACCUGAAGGCGGAGCUCUGGAUUUACCUGCAGGAUGCGGACCAACAGCUGCAGAACAUGAAGAGAAGGCACUCGGAGCUGGAGCUCAAUAUUGCUCAGAACAUGGUCUCUCAAGUAAAGGAUUUUGCUAAACAGCUGCAGGACAAACAGGCCUCCGUGAGUGCCAUCGUGGAAAAGGUGGACACGUUAACAAAGAGCCAGGAGUCCCCUGAACACAAGGACAUAAGCCACCUGAACGACCAGUGGCAAGAUCUUUGCCUCCAGUGUGACAAGCUGUGUGCACAGAGGGAGCAGGACCUUCAGAGAAGCCUCGAUUACCACGACCACAUGGAUAUUGUUGAAGACUUUCUCGAAAAAUUUACUACAGAAUGGGAUAACCUGGCCAGAUCCAAUGCAGAAAGUACAGCUGUCCACCUGGAGGCUUUGAAGAAGUUAGCCUUGGCAUUGCAGGAGAAGAAGUAUGCCAUUGAAGACCUGAAAGACCGCAAGCAGAAACUGACAGAGCACCUGAGUCUAGAUGACAGAGAGUUGGUGAGAGAGCAGACCAGUCACUUCGAGCGACGCUGGUUUCAGCUCGAGGACCUUGUCAAAAGGAAAAUCCAGGUGUCGGUCACCAACUUGGAGGAAUUGAAUGUGGUUCAAUCCAGGUUCCAGGAGCUGAUGGAGUGGGCAGAGGAGCAACAACCCAACAUUAUGGAGGCCUUGAAGCAGAGCCCACCUCCCGACAUGGCUCAGAACCUCCUCAUGGACCACCUGGCCAUCUGCAGUGAGCUGGAGGCCAAACAGAUGCUCCUGAAGUCACUGAUGAAGGAUGCAGAUCGUGUGAUGGCUGACCUUGGCCUCAAUGAGCGGAAGGUGAUUCAGAAGGCACUCUCGGAUGCUCAGAAGCAUGUGAAUUGUCUCAGUGACUUAGUGGGCCAGCGAAGGAAGUACUUGAACAAGGCUUUGUCUGAGAAAACCCAGUUUCUCAUGGCAGUCUUUCAGGCCACCAGCCAAAUCCAACAACAUGAGCGAAAGAUCAUGUUCCGGGAAUAUAUCUGCCUACUCCAGAUGAUGUGAGCAAGCAGGUCAAAACAUGUAAGACCACCCAGGCCAGUCUUAAGACUUACCAAAAUGAGGUCACUGGACUUUGGGCACAGGGUCGUGAAUUAAUGAAAGGAAUAAUAGA